AUGUCGAUUGCACCGAAUAGCAUUGGUUUUGGAACGUACCUGGUCUACGUCCCUGAGCCGAGAGAGCCUAUGCAUCUGUCGUUUUACUUCAGUACGCCUCCAACCAUGCAAGCAACCUCAGCGCCCCAAGGCCCGCCCAUUCUGUUCCUGCAACCACAGAAUGCUGCAGCCGUACAGCAAACGCCUACUCCCUUCCCCACAGAGCUUACCCAGUCGGUACUAACUCCCACAAAUGCCAACACUUUCGUUGCAGCAAAUGCAGAUGUGGGAACACAUCUCACUACUGUUUACACGCAGUAUAUGGUGCCGUGGAACCAGAUGCAGCAGCCGAUUGGCGCCACGCUUCUAAGUCCAACACCCAGCAAAGGCAGUGUUCCGAAUGCUCAGUUUUCACCUGGCGUGGCUUCGGUCAGUGCGCAAGAAAAAUGGCAGCCUUCCCCUGAAGGAUUGGCAAGUCCAACCGCUUUGAGUGACACGGUGUUCAUUCCAGCGCCUAGCAUUGAAACGAAGAAUGGGGGCUAUCAAAGCACAGAUAUUGUGAGUGUUCGCAAUUUUACUUCUCCAAUGGGCUCUGUGCUUGAGCCCGGUCUUUCAAUGCGAAUGAAUGUGCCCCCUCUUGCACGACAACGGCCACUGCGGUGCCGAAUUCCGCAAGGUGUUUCUACCACUGUUUCACGGUCGGAUGAAUGGCCAUGUAGGAAGUAA